UGGUUUUACUUCCGGGUCAAAUCUUAGGGUUAGCGCAGCUAGGCAGCUAGUUAGAAAAUUGCAGCUACUUCGUCACAAUAUCCGUAUCGUAAGUGCAAGGUAAGUUAGCUUGCUAACAAGCAAAUAUCAUUAUUUAAGAGAUUACGUCUUCUUUCGUAAACAUGUCCGCUGAAGAAGCGGAGAAAACGACGAACGCUACGCCCGACGUGAGCGCCGGAGACGAGGAGGAGGAAUGGCUGUACGGAGAUGAAAACGAGAACAAGGAGGAGGAAGAUGAGGAAGAGGCGGCUAAGCUGUCCGCCGCUGUCAGUGCGCCGGCCCCACUCCCAGUCCCGGAGGAAGCCACGGGAAACGGUGUUGCCAAGCAGGACACUGCUGAGGAGAAUGAGGACAGUGAGAGUGACAGUGAUGAUGAUGAAGAUGAUGUCCGUGUUACAAUUGGAGAUAUUAAGACUGGAGCACCACAGUAUGCGGCGUAUGGAGCCACGCCAGUCAAUCUCAAUAUAAAGACAGCGGGAAGAGCUUAUGGAUCAGUGGGUACCAAGCUGAAGGGUGUGGAUCUGGAGGCCCCGGGGAGCAUUAAUGGGGUCCCUGUGCUGGAAGUGGACCUGGACUCCUUCGAGGAAAAACCCUGGAGGAAGCCAGGUGCGGAUCUCUCGGAUUACUUCAAUUAUGGCUUUAAUGAGGACACGUGGAAGACCUACUGUGAGAAGCAGAAGCGGCUCCGAAUGGGCCUGGAGGUGCUCACCGUUGCCUCGGUAGCCAGCAAGAUCACGGUUCAGCAGGGCAGGACCGGAAACAGUGAAAAGGACAUCAGCUUACCCCCCCACCAACCUAAACCUGACUUCACCUCCCCAAGCAACCUCUACAAAUCUGCGCUAUCCACAUCAAGGAUUUCUCCCCCUCAGUGGGCAGCAGGGGGUGCUCCUGCUCAGGACGUGUCUUUCUAUACUAAGGUGACUGGCUCCAUAGACGUGAUUGGGGGACAGACUGCCACCAUCAGUCGUGUGGAGGGAAGACGUCGUCACAACAUUGAGGGGAACAACAUUCAGGUGAUAUCGGAGCACUCUUCUUCAGAUGCUGAGACACCUGCCAAGAUGCCACCUUUCUUCCCCCCUGGGCCACUCCCCCCCAACAUUCCCCCUCCCCCUUUCCUACCCCCACCCCCAAAUGUCAGCUCCGCCCCUCCACUCAUCCCCCCACCAAGGAUACCCAUCACUGUACCCCCGCCAGGUUUCCCCCCACCUCCUGGUGGUCCCCCUCCCUCUCUCAUCCCCACUUUGGACAGUGGGCAUCCUGGUGGAUAUGAUGGCCGUGCUGUACCGCCGUACCCCUUCUCCACAGGUGGAUACCCUCCCCCACUGACAGGGACGGUGUCAUCCUGGCCCAGUUUGAUGGACAGCUCUAAGUCAUGGGAUUACUACCCUCGGCGGGAGAAGGAGCGGGAGCGGGAGAAAGAGCGGGAACGGGAGAAGGACCGGGAACGGGAGCGACCACGGGAGCGGGGCCAUGACCGCGAGAGAGAUCGCGACCACAGCCCCGCCUCUCUGGCCUAUAACAGUGAUGAGGAGCGGUAUCGGUAUAGAGAGUAUGCAGAGAGGGAGAGAGGCUAUCGCACCAGCAGGGAGAAGGAGGAGCGUCAUCGAGAGAGGAGACACAGAGACAAAGAGGAGGGGCGACACAAGUCCUCCCGCAGCAGCAGCAGUAGGCGACGGCACGACAGUGAGGAGGGCGACGCCCACCGCCGCCACAAGCACAAGAAGAGCAAGAGGAGCAAGGAAGGCAAAGAGGCCAGCGAGGACCAUGCGGCCAAUCAGGAGAGCGCAGAGGGCGGGGCCAUGGAGUGACCCCACCUACCUGAACCUCCUCACUACUCCCAUCUACCAAGCGAAUUAAGCACCAACUGAAGAUGUUAAUUUGUUCAAUAAAAAUAGCUUUUUGAUAAAGAA